UGAAUUUUCUUUCUUGUCAACAACGUGAAUACGUGAGCGUGAUCAACAAAAUGGUUCAACGUUUGACCCUCAGACGACGAUUGUCGUACAAUACCAAGUCAAACAGGAGGCGUGUUGUUCGCACACCUGGUGGCCUCCUGGUCUAUCAGUACGUAAAGAAGAGGCGCAAUGUCCCAAAGUGCGGGCAGUGCAAGGAGAAGCUAAAGGGUAUCCGGCCAACGCGCCCCAGCGAACGCCCACGUAUCUCCAAGAGACAGAAGACCGUCCGCCGGACGUACGGUGGAGUGCUGUGCCACCAAUGCCUGCGUGAGCGCAUUGUUCGCGCCUUCCUCAUUGAGGAGCAGAAGAUCGUCGUGAAGGUCUUGAAGGCUCAGAAGGCAUCGCAGAAAGCAGCUGCGAAAGCCAAGUAAAUCUGUAAAGUCCACGAACAUCAAUAAAACCCACUAAAAAUGAA